GUGGAACGCGUUACAAUGAAAAUCGACGUUUCUCAUACCGAACAUUCUCAUCUUAUCGGUAAAGGUGGCCAAAAUGUCAAAGCAAUGAUGGUGGACACGAAGUGUCAUAUCCACUUCCCAGAUUCCAACAGGACAAAUAUUUUUGAAAAGAGCAACCAAGUUUCGAUUUCUGGAAGUCCUGCGGAUGUUGAUCGGGCGCGAAAGCGAAUUCGGGUAACUGAUUUGCACAAAUUCUAUAACUUCCAAAUUGAACGUCCUUCACAAACCAUCGCCCUUUACCGCGCCUCGCCAGUUCUGCAACAAAUUGAGGCAAAGUGGCAGGUUGAAGUCAGUUAUCGACAUAAGUACCUUUAUCCGCUCUCUGAUGUCGUUCCACUCUGCUCACCGGUGUCACAACUAUCCUCGGGCAUCGUCGUCAGCGUCCGCGGUCUCAACGCGUUUGCAUCCAGUGUCAUGGAAGCCACUCACUUUCUGUUGUACUAUCAUUUUGGAAAACUUGCGUACCAAACUCCUGUCUGGCUGACGUUGGAGAUCGAACCGAAGCACCAGGCCUUUAUUAUAAAUCACGUAGCCCCACGAAAGUUGUCUGAUGUUCUUUUUGAAACAACUGGGGCCAAAGUUAAAUUCCCGGACCAUAUCGGGAGUUCACUGUUUUCACGCCUUUUGCGAGGAUCGACUUCAGAUGUAAGCAGGCGCGGCUUUUAUCCAUCUCGGUUGUGUCUACCGAAGUAUAACCCGAUGAUGUUCGGUGAAUUGCAAUCACGGCAUGGUAUAAAAACAAUGGUGACGAUUACGGGAAACGUUGAAAACGUCUAUCUUGCCAGACAAUGCAUAAUGAAUCUGCUUCCGAUUGUCUUGAUGUCCGAAAUAACGAACGAAGAAUUCUCCUUCCUAGAGCGCCUCGAUUGUAGCAGUUUGGCGAGUACUUACGAUGUGGCUCUGAGCUUCCGUACGAAACAAAGGCAGCUUUUGAAGGUGAGUUGA